AUGGCCGCGGAUGUCCCCCCUACUCUCUCGGUGCAGCUGUUGGAAGAACCCAGAUUGUUGAAGCUGAAGAAGGUGUUUGUCUCUAAAUUUCACUCGACCCCCAAGUUUUAUGCUCGAGCACCAGGGCGUGUCAACUUAAUAGGUGAGCAUAUAGAUUAUUGUGGCUACGCUGUGCUUCCGAUGGCUAUUCAGCAAGAUAUACUUAUAGCAGCUGAACCUCUAAGCACUCCAGUUAUCCAUUUGGCCAAUACAAACCCUCUGUACUUGGAUUUUAGUACCAACGCUAACAACAUUGAGAUUAAUCAAGCCAAACCUUUGUGGCACAACUACUUCCUGUGUGGAUUCAAAGGAAUUGAGGACCAUUUUGAUCUUGGCAGCCCAAGUGGAAUGAAUUGCCUAGUAGAAGGCACCAUCCCGGCCAGUUCUGGCCUCUCCAGUUCCAGUGCUUUGGUGUGCUGUGCCGGACUUGUGACCCUUCUGGCAAACGGAAAAACUCUUCCAAAGGUGGAGCUGGCCGAGCUUUGCGCCAAGAGCGAACGGUACAUCGGCACGGAAGGCGGCGGCAUGGACCAGUCCAUCUGCUUCCUCGCAGAGGAAGGAACUGCCAAGCUGAUAGAGUUCAGUCCUCUGAGGGCGACCUACGUGCGGCUCCCAAGAGGAGUGGCUUUUGUUAUUGCCAACAGUUGCGUCGAAAUGAACAAGGCAGCGACUUCUCAUUACAAUACCAGGGUGAUGGAGUGCCGUCUGGCCUCAAAGCUUUUAGCAAAAUCCAGAGGCGUAGACUGGAAAGCCACGGCGAAGCUCCAGGACGUGCAAGCCGCACUGAAGCUGAGCCUGGAGGAAAUGCUGGCUGUCGUCGAGGAAGUGCUUCACCCGGAGCCUUACAGCAUAGAGGAAAUUGGAGAACGCCUCGGAACCAGCCCCAGAGAGCUAUACGCUCAGAUCCUCAGUCAGAACACGCAAGAUGUGACCAUCUUUAAAUUGUACCAGCGUGCUAAGCAUGUGUACAGUGAAGCUGCCAGAGUUCUAGAGUUUAAGAAGAUCUGCACGGAGGCCCCCGCGGAUGCCAUCCAGUUGCUGGGGGGUUUGAUGAACCAAAGCCAUGUCAGCUGCAGGGACCUCUAUGAAUGCAGCUGUCCUGAACUGAAUCAGCUGGCGGACAUCUGUCGGCAAUUUGGAGCAGUUGGGUCACGUCUCACGGGUGCAGGAUGGGGGGGCUGCAUUGUGUCGAUGGUUCCUGCAGACAAGCUGGAGAGGUUCCUAGCAAAUGUGAAAGAGGCUUACUACAAGCACGGCGACCAAAGGUUAGCGCUGGAAGAAAACAAUCUGUUUGCUACUAACCCAGGCGGUGGAGCUAUGGUAUUCCUCGAGGCCUAA